AUGCAAGAAUCACCUGUGACAGGAUUGCUUUCGCUGCCCACCGAGCUCCUGACCCUCAUCGGCGACUAUCUUUUAGAGACCCCCGACGAUGGGGACAAUCCCGCUUUCCCUCCCACAGCUCGAAAAAGGGCCAGGGGUCAUUCAGACUUAGGAUCCCUCGACUGCACCAGCUGUCAUUUCUGCACCGUCUUCACUCCACUUCUCGAUCACCUGGCAAGCACUAAACGCGAAUACGGGGUAGUUGCAUUUCACUGGAGCGUCGCUAUCAGAAACAUUCGCCUAGUACGCCUGCUGAUGGAAAAUGCGCUCGACAUCACCGUGUUCGUCGCCGAACCAUACAGGCGCCAACAGAAGCUCUACGGCCUCCCAGAUGAGCCAUACAACGACGAAACUCUCGCCAAGGUGCUCAACGCUGGGCCUAGAAUUCACGUAUGCGAGGGAUCGCAAAGCCUCAAGGCGCUGGGCAAGGAAUACAGGGUCAUGGUCGGGCCGCGUUUGAGUGGAGAUUUUCUCUACUCGUUUGGCAAGCUGAGGGCGAACCGCGGAGAGAGCUGUGUAGACCGCGAAGACAGUAUCUGCUCAUUCCGCAGGAUGAUGAUGCACGGCCAGGAGAGACUUAUUGGGCGCAUGUUCGACCAUGGUGCUCGCGAAAUUGAGAAGGGUGCGGCUUUCGUGCAUGCGAUAGAGUUCAAUCAUUAUGAAGUUGUCAAGAAGAUGCUGGAGCACGAAGUGGAUCCACGUGGUUGUCGGUACUGGAGAUUUUCACCAAUGUAUGUAGCCAUGCAAAUGAGGCACGCCAAGAUAGUUGAGCUUCUAUCGGAGGCAGGUGCGGAUAUGGCUGUGUGUAUUGGAGAUAAUACUAUAACUGCCCUGCAUGUCGCUGCUGCGCUAGGCUAUGUGAAGGGGUUAAAGAUGUUGAUCUCAAGAUUUCAGGAAAAGGGAUUGAGCCUCGAUAUCCUGGACUAUCAAGGGAAGUUAGCACUGGUUUGGGCCAAGGACCAAGGGUGGAAGGAGUGUGUACAGAGCUUAGAGCAGGCGGGGACAACGGCUAUAGGGGCACAAUAG